CUGUGCGCUCACCCUACAGGAGUUUGCAGUGAGGACCCCGAGUGAAGAAGAGGAAGAUGCGCGCCCUCGAAAACAUUCUCGCGUCGCGUUGGAAAAAUCGGUUAGCUUUCCGCUUCCUGUCAAGAGAUCCAGGCGCUCCGUCAGAUAAUAAGAAUGCCAAAAUCAAAGGAAGUGCUGUCUUCCACAUCUGGAAGUGACUCCGACAGUGAAGUGGAGACAAAGGCAAAGAGAAAGAAGCCAAGUGCCCCGGAGAAACCAGCCAAGAAAGCAAAGAGUGGAGAGAGCUCCAAGCCCGGGGGCUCGUCCAGGGGUGGCAGUAAUGGUGACGACAACAUGUUCCAGAUUGGAAAGAUGAGGUAUGUCAGCGUCAGAGACUUCAAGGGUAAAGUCCUCAUCGACAUCAGAGAGUACUGGAUGAACCAAGAUGGAGAGAUGAAACCAGGGAAAAAAGGUAUCUCCUUGAAUCCCGAACAGUGGAACCAGCUGAAGGACCAAAUCUCUGAAAUUGAUGAUGCCAUUAAGAGAAUAUAAGCAUUCCUUCCAGUGUUGAAUCUGUUGAACUAACUAAAUAUGUUGGCUUUUGUAAAAAGAAGAAAAAAGCCUGGGAUUAUUUUCUAA